CCUUUUGGGUCCCUCCUCCCGUCAAUCAUUCUUUGCUUUCCACUCAAGCCAAGUUGAUGAAGAAAGCAGGAAUCGCCAUGAAAUAUCAACGGAGGGAAGAAGCUACACCUACACCUCACUUUAGCUUGCUCGAAUAAUCUUUAUAUGCGCUUUCCGCUGCAAUAUCAAACCCCUCUCUCACUCUUGAUUCUCCAGGACCCUGGAUGUUCAGUCUCGGAGGCAGCUUAUUCCAGUUCACUUCCCAGGCGUUUUAGUGUUGAAAAGGAGUUUGUUGAUUCUGUCUUUGUCUCUACGUUGUGGUCGUGACUGUGUGUGGGAGAUUUUGUUCCCUCUCGCGACAAAUUGUUUGGAAUCUGUGAAGAAAAAUUCUAGAGGAAUGACCAAAAACGGAGACGUAGUUAUCAAGACUUUUGUGUUGAAGGUUUAUAUCCACUGCGAAGGAUGUAAGAAGAAGGUUAAGAAGGUCCUUCAAGGCGUCGAAGGCGUGUUAACCACUACUAUUGAUGCUCCGGAGCAGAAGGUGACUGUAAUUGGAAAUGUUGCCUCGGCUGAUAUUUUAGUGAAAAGGCUCAUUAAAGCAGGAAAGCACGCCGAAGAAUGGCCACAGCCUCAAAGUGAUGCACAGAAAGACAAACCGAAAGACAAGGAGAAGGAUAAAAGCCCUCCGCCGCCGCCUAAGCAGAAGGAAAAGAAAGACAAGGAGAAGGAGAAAAAGGCUGCGAAAGAUGAAGAUGGCGAAGAAGUGCCGAAGAAAGGCGGCGACAAAAUUCCUGCAGUUAGCGCCGAAGGGGCAAAGAAAGGUGAAGAUCCUGAAGAAAACAGCACCGAAGGAAACAAAGGCGGAGCAGGGGCUGAAAGCUCAAGCUCAGGUGGAGGAAAGAAGAAAAAGGGCGGAAAAGGAGGCGGCGGAGCAAAAGCAGAACCGAGCUCUGAAGCAGCUGAAUUUUCAGGGUUUAGUAUCGUAGCGAGUGGCGUUGGCGGAGGGUAUGGUCACAUGAGCGGCGGAGGUUAUGGUGGAGGGUAUGGUCACAUGGGCGGCGGGGGUUACAGUCACAUGAGCAACCCGGGGGACGAAUGGAUGAGCCACGCUCAUGGAAUGGGUGGAGCGAGCAAUCAGCCUAUAGUGCAGUAUGUACAAUAUGUGCCUCCCAAUGCACAGAUCUACACACACCGUAGCACCGCCACUGUGCAAAAUGCGGCCUACCAAUUUAAUGAUGAAAAUGCCGCAUACGCGUUUAAUGAUGAAAACACAGGCAGCUGCUCUGUGAUGUAAGAGAGUUACUUAGGCUCUAGUUUCAAAUCAUCUUCAUGACAAUUAUGUAUUUGAUUACUUCUUUUUGUUACAGAGAAUUCUUAACUGCGCUCAGUAGGUAGAUUUAGGUAGCUAACUUUCUCAGUUUCCAACCUGGCACAGGCAACAUGGUGUGUAAUAAUAAUAAUAAUAAGUUUAUGUACUUGUUAUGUGCAGUCAUCUGUCAACUUUUGUGGUCGCGUCAUCUUCUUGUAAUCAUUCUCCGUAUAUAAAAUCACAGUAGCUGCAAUGGUUUUUGGUGUA